CCGAAAAAGAUAAAAAAGAAUCGGAUGCUAUAAGAGAAUGUCAGAAAGAAAAUGAAUUAUUAAAAGACCAAGAGAAAAAAUUCGGAGAGCGAACAAAAAACUCGGUCGAACAAUAUGGAAAAGUAAGAGCCUUACAAUCAGAAGUAAAAAUUGAGAAAGCAGAAAACAAAAAACUAAGGGAGCAAAACGCAUUACUAAAUGAAUAUAUUGGUGAACUGGGAGCCGAAGAAGAUUAUUUGAACCUUCAAUCGCGACUCGUCAGUGCGGAAAAUAUUUUAUCCAAAGCCGACAAAGAGCAAAGAACGAGAAGUAAUUCUCUUGAUUUAGCCUAUUCUCCGAUUAGUCCGGUGAUAAAAGGAGGUAGAAGUUUAGGGGAUGAAUUAGGUUCCUAUUUUUCAAAGAAAUUCCCAAGCAGCGAAAGUUCGAAUGAUUAUUCGUCAAAAUCUACUACCGAAAGCGAAAUUGAUCCCACUUUGAUUUCUCCUGUCAUUUAUUCCAAGAAAUACGAUGAUUUAAAAAAGUUUAAUGAUGACUUGUUGUUUGAAUUAGACCAUUUAGUAGCCGGUGAAGAAAGUCACGAUUUACUUCCUUUGCUCCGUUCUGUCUUAAUUAAUUGGGCGACUCAUAUCAAUAGUCUUUUGUCCGAACUACCAGAAGAUGUAGCCAAAAAGGCGGUCGAAUUGGAGUCCGAAUGUAAUAUUGAAGAACACCGAGAGUUAGUCAGUGAAAACGCAAGAUUGUGGGAGGAAAUUAGGACACGAGGUAUAAAUUCCGGUUCUACCACUCCGAAUAAUGAAACCGAAACUUCAACCGACCGAGGAGAAAAAUUGCCCUCGCCUGAGCCAAACGAAAAAGUUACCGCAGAAGCGGUGGUUGGUUCUGCCCCUCCUUCCCCACACGGAAUUUCUGUAAAAGGUGUGGUUUCAAGUAUUAACCGAAUUUUAAUCAAGGCGGACCGAAUUUGCGAAAGUAAUGCGACUGAUAUCGAAAUUGAGGAUGAUUUUGCUGUUCAAAAAGAAAAUAUUGAUGAUGAAUAUAAAGAUGUUGAGGAACAAAUUAAGGAAAAAACAGAAAAAAAAGCUGAACUGGAAAAGAAAGUUGAUGAGUGA